GAUGAAAGAAAGAUCAUUGGAAUAAAGACUACUCCUUAUGGAAGAAAGAGUAUUCAAUUACAAUUAUGAUGUACAAACUGCAGUCUCCUUUUCAACUCCUCAUAUCCAUGAAAUGGGAUUUGUACACUUUGAUGAUCAAAACCAAAUCAUCAACUUUUUAGCCCCUCUUUCAUCACAAUCUUCUCAGAUUCCAACACCAACCCUAGCUGCUACCGCGAAUAAUAGUAUCAGUUCUCUAGGGUUUCAUCAACUUAUUGAUACAUCUUCUUGUUGGAAUAACGAUCAGGUGGAAUCGCUGGAUCCCAAGGCUGUUAAUGACGAAGAUUGCAGCGAAAAUGCCAGCGAGGGUAACAAUUCAUGGUGGAGGAGUGAGAAAGGGAAAGUGAAGGUGAGAAGAAAGCUGAGAGAGCCAAGAUUUUGUUUUCAAACAAUGAGUGAUAUUGAUGUUCUUGAUGAUGGUUACAAAUGGAGAAAGUAUGGUCAAAAAGUUGUCAAGAACAGCCUUCAUCCAAGGAGUUAUUAUCGAUGUACGCAUAGCAAUUGUGGAGUAAAGAAGAGAGUUGAACGACUUUCGGAAGAUUGUCGUAUGGUAAUAACAACCUAUGAAGGUAGACACAACCAUUCUCCUUGUGAAGAUUCUAACUCUUCUGAAAAUGAUUGUUUUGCCUCUUUCUAGAAACCUUAAUCUAUUUAUAUCUACUGUAAUAACCUUACAAUUAUAUUUAGAUUUUCAAGCAAUAAACUUGAAAAUGA